GUGAAGCUUAAGAGGACAACAACUUUUCUCAUUUGUUUCAAAGAUGGGGAAAAUGGCCUCUCUAUUUGCCUCUCUUUUAGUGGUUUUAGUGUCGCUGAGCUUAGCUUCUGAAAGCUCAGCAAAUUAUCAAUACUCAUCUCCACCACCACCUAAGAAACCAUACCUCUACAAGUCUCCUCCUCCACCAGUGCAUGUCUAUCCAUCACCACCCCAUCACCCUGUAUAUAAGUCUCCACCACCACCUAAGAAGCCAUACCACCCUUCACCAACACCAUAUCAUCCUGUACCAGUUUAUAAAUCUCCACCACCACCCAAGAAGCCAUACUACCCUCCACACCCUCCGGUUUACAAGUCACCACCACCACCCAAGAAGCCAUACUCUCUCCCACACACCCCGGUUUAUAAGUCGCCACCACCACCAACUCCCGUUUACAAAUCACCACCACCACCCAAGAAGCCACACUACCCUCCACACACUCCAGUUUAUAAGUCGCCACCACCACCCAAGAAGCCAUACUAUCCCCCACACACCCCGGUUUACAAGUCGCCACCACCACCAACUCCCGUUUACAAGUCGCCACCACCAUCCAAGAAACCAUACUAUCCUCCACACACCCCAGUUUACAAGUCCCCACCACCACCAACUCCAGUUUACAAGUCACCUCCACCACCAACUCCAGUCUACAAGUCUCCACCACCACACCACCCCUAUGUUUACGCUUCUCCUCCUCCUCCCUACCAUUACUAAGAAGUGACAUCACAAAGUUGAAGGAAAAGCAGAAUGCUGAGCUAAAAGAAAGGCUUUUUCCAUUUUCGAGAGACAAUGAGAAAAGAAGAAGAAGAAGAAGAAGAAGAAGAAGAAGAAGAAAAGAGUAAAUAAUAAAGCCCCACAGGAGGCGAAGUUCUUGUAGCUCCAUGUUAUCUAAGUUAUUGAUAUUGUUUGCCCUAUAUUUUAUUUCUGUCAUUGUGUAUGUUUUGUUCAGUUUCGAUCUCCUUGCAAAAUGCAGAGAUUAUGAGAUGAAUAAACUAAGUUAUAUUAUUAUA